UUGAGGUUCUGCUGCCCCUCUAUGGCGAGAAAAAAAACCUGCACCAUUCCCUUGGUUUUCCGUAACCAUGACAACUACCGGAAACACUUCGUGUUGCUAACUUCGAACCGUUAACAGUACGAACAAGUCUACUCAAGCUCCAGUUAGACAAGUCAUUUAUUUCUUUAUUGCGUAAUAUCUUUUCUCAACGUAAUGGAUACAUCAGUGAUUCUUCCCGUUGAAGCGGAAGGCUUUAUCCAGAGUCUGGAAACUUUCUCCCUCAAGGAAGUGGGCUCAGAGAGCUUAAGGAUCACUUGUUUCACCUGCAUGGAGAGCAGAUGGUUCAAGCAGCAUGAUUAUAUUGAGAAACUUAACAUGCAGGCAAUACUGAAUGCCUCUGCCAUGCACGAUGAGUUUGUCAAGGACCUCCUGGUUUCAUUUGGAAAGAUACACAUCCUGGUCCAUGAGAUGAUCCUUAUUGAGGUGUGGAAGAAAAAAGUGUUUCCCAUCUUAUGCCAGCUGGAGGAUUUCAAUCCAGAGAAGACUUUUCAUCUUUACAUGGUGAUCCAUCAUGAAGCCACCAUCAUAAAUCUACUUGAAACCAUAAUGUUUCACAAGGAUUCAUGUGAUGCAGCAGAUGACUCUCUUCUUGACUUGGUGGAUUACUGCCAUCGAAAACUCACCCUGCUGGCGAGUGAAGCGAUUAAGGAUGUUGCUGUGACAUAUGACCAACACAAACAGACAUCCUCUCUAGAGGAGCUGCAGGUGCAGAGUGCAGCUUUGGAGUUUGAAAUCUCUCUGAAAGCCGUGUCAGUGCUGCGCUACAUUACAGACCACGCAGACAGCAUCAGCAUUAUCAGUCGAAUGCUGUGCACCCAUAACCUUCCUUGUGUACUGGUUCAGCUGAUUGACCACUGCCCCUGGAGUCGCUGCAGAGAAGGUAACGUGCAAAAACACAUUGAUGGCAAGUGGCAGACGAUACCUGUAGAGGAUCAUUUAAAAAUGAACAAACUGGACGGUCAGGUCUGGCUUUCCCUUUACAAUCUGCUGCUAAAAGAAGAAUUCCAGAGAAAAUACAACUUCAACAGUUUCAACAAGAGCCAGCUUCUGAAGCUCAGAGGUUUCUUGACUGAUGUCUUCAUUGAUCAGCUGCCAAAUCUGGUGGAUCUGCAGCGUUUCCUGGCUCAUCUUGCUGUUUCAGAUCCAGCCCCUCCAAAAAAAGAGCUGAUUUUGGAGCAGAUCCCAGAAAUGUGGAACCGCAUUAUCAGUGAGAAUUCUAGAAAGUGGAAGGCAAUAGCAAAGUAUCAAGUCAAAGAAACAUUCAGCCCAUCUGAAAGUGACUUGAGACAACAGGCCCAGAGGCUGGCCCAGACGUACAACUUGGAUGUAAUGGAGAGUUUACUUCCUGAGAAACCAAAAUGUGGAUCCUGUGGGAGAGAGGCCACAAAGAGAUGUUCUCGCUGCCGAGGAGAGUGGUACUGUCACAGAGAGUGUCAAGUGAAGCACUGGCCAAAACACAAGAAAGCCUGCCAGCUCAUGACCGAGACCACCGAGAAGAUCAUCAGCUGAGGGAGACCAAACGGCUCUUUCUGUGGCUGAUGACAGAAAGAGAACAGUGUGUAGCCCGACACAUUUAUACACAGACUCUUUUUUCUUUUAUCAUUAAAACUGUUGAUGCAACAUUCAAGAAUUUAGGACGUUGUAAUCAAACUGCAAUAAAGUUUUAAACCUGCAUGCAUCUGUGUUUGCCUGUUUCAUCAAAGUGCCAGGGAAGCGCUGCAUCUUCUCUUUCACCAACAGCACCGUUUUGACCUUUGUAUGCAAUGCAGAGAAGGUACGAAGCAAAAUACCACAAUAACCCAUUUUCCUAUUGCUUUUAGGUAGAGCCACCCAGUUUGAAGCUCAGGUCUGUGAUGCGUUUAGACAGUGGCUUUAGGAGUGGGGAGGGGGACUUUGCACGCCCACUCAGCUGUGCUCGGGACUCAGAAGCACCCCCUGUUUGAAAACAUUCCGGAUGUCGGUGCAGCUCAGUCUCAUCUCACUCUCUCUUUUUCAUGAUGGGCCGCUUCCUCCUGCGCCGCAGUCCGACUUGAACAGAUGGGUAACAUCUUGAAAGACGUGCUCCGGCUCUGCCGUGAAAAGGAGGGCCCGGGGUUUCGUUCGCUGUAAGCGGCUGGUGAUGAGAGAUUAUUUCCAGAGAUGUAGCCGAGACUGCACACCUCCGUUAUUUGGAAACCUUAAGACAUUUCAGCGGAAAGUUUUUUUUUUCUUUUCGACCUCGGAUGGAAGAACUUUUGAGACAAAGCGGUAGCCACGGGGCUGUUUUCUCCCGUGUUUUGGUGA